GCCGUUCCCCGCCCGCUCGGCUGCCGGGAGUCCGGGAGUGUCGUGCGAUUGGGCGCCAGGCUCGGGCAGCUCGGCGAGGCCGUGGACCUGCGUCUGCCCCGCUGCCUGGGAACCAGCUCCCAGGCCUAGAAUGCCCAUCCCCCGCCCAUGGCUGUCCCCAGCAGAAGGCACCAGGCAGCUCCUCCCACACCAUGCCUCCUGCAGAACUGAGAGCCAGAACGCCAGCUGGUCACCUUCCGAGUGCUUUCUCCACCCACUGCCACUGGUCCCUGCCCACAAGAGGGUCCUGGUGUAGGCACCGGGCAGCCCCCACAGACUCCUGAGCCUGUUUUUUGGGCACAGAAUGGGGGAAGAACAGACACUCCUGGGCUCGCUGACUUCAGCACUGAAUAACACACAGAAUGGAAAGCACCCCGCGCCCUCAGCACAGAAGCGGCUGGAGGCAGGGCCACUUUCUUUGCCUCUGUGAGACCCCAGACGGGACACCUGUCUUCUCCAGUAUGAAGGUCUUCCUGCCCGUGCUGCUGGCUGCCCUUCUGGGUGUGGAGCAAGCUCACUCCCUGGUGUGCUUCUCUUGCACGAAUCAGAACAGUAAUUUCUACUGCCUAAAACCAACCAUCUGCUCGGACUCGGACAACUACUGCGUGACCGUAUCUGCCUCCGCUGGCAUUGCCUUGUCUUCCCGCCUAGGGAACCUGGUGGACUUCGGCCAUACCCUGAACAAGGGCUGCUCCCCGAUCUGCCCCAGCCCCAGCAUCAACCUCGGCGUGGCGUCUGUGGGCACCUAUUGCUGCCAGAAUUUCCUGUGCAACAUCAGCACGGCCGGCGGGGGGCUGAGGGCCAGUGCCGCCGUGUUGGGCCUCGGGCUCCUGCUCAGUCUGCUGUCCGCCCUGCAGCGGCUUGGGCCCUGACCGCUGGGGCCUUACAGCCGGCCCAGACUCCCCCAGCUCAGGAAGGAAGGCCCGGCCCCUCUUCCUUUGACUCGUCACCCUGCUUGAUCCCAGUUCUCCCAGCCCUCCCCGCCCUCGGUCCCCCCCCACCCCACCCCCCCGUCAGGCCCCCGGGCCUGCACCUGCCCUAAGAGGGGCCAGCUGCCCUCACUUCUCAGGCAGUGACGUGACCUUCCUCGGGGAACCUGGGAAGGGAUGAGGGCUGGAGCCUGAGGGUCCCAGAGUCAGAACUGAGUUCUGGGGACACUCUAGGAGGCACACGUCAGCCCCAGGCCCUGCCCCGUCCAGGCUGUGUCUGCCCCCAGGUGGUGUGGAAGAUGUGCUCUCUGCCACUGCGUCCCAGAAGGGCAAGCGUGCUGUUGCCACAGGUGACUGUGUAAACUCAGCUGUGUGGACACGUGUGCCGGGUGCCCCUGUGGCGUGUGUGCGAGUGUGUGGCCGUGUCCGGGCCCGUGUGUGUGCGGGAUAAGUGCCAGGCGUCCGGCAUUAGCAGCCGCCGAGCUCCCUGAGUCCACACCAGAACUUCUUUUCUCUGGCAUUCCUACGCCCCACUUUAAGGGUAGCCUUUUGGAAGACGGGGUUCCAGUGCAUCUGGGCUUGACUGCUGGACCCAGGAAUCGGUUCCCACCCCCAACUCCAGCCGCGGCCCCCACCCCCUCCCUCCACCCCAUACUGGAGUCUGCCUGCUGCCUUGGUGCCUCAAAUAAAUGCGUGUUCCCAACCCUU